AUGGUCUCUCUUUCAUCUUUUGCUCCACGGAUUUCGCUGAUUGAUUCCGAUACCCUUUUACCUCUUUCUUCUUUCAAUCUCAAUCCCAAUUGUUUGAGUCUUUUAGCUGAUAGGAAGAGUUGUGGGCCUGUGCAAUGGUUUCUCGAGGUCAAGCUGAGGAAGAAAGGUUGUUGCUUUAGGGGUAGCAGUGGGGUUUUGAGGAUGUGCAAGAAUCGAGAUUUGGGGUGGGAUAGCGAUAAGGAUCUGGAAACGGAGAUUUUGGAGUUCAUGAAGGAUUCUGAGAAACCUGGCAUGUUUCCGAGCAAGAAGGAUUUAAUCAGGUCCGAAAGAUUUGAUCUUGUUGAGAGAAUCGUAAACAAAGGUGGAUGGCUUUCCAUGGGAUGGGAUUUGGAUGAUGAACAACAAGAAGAGGAAGAAGAAGAAGGGAAACACGAGGAGGUACGAGUGAACGAGAACGAUAAACAGCUACAUGAUGGAGCUUUUGAUCUUUCCUCAAAUCCUAUAUCUUCAAGAGAAGAAGUAGAUGUUAAGAAUGAGAGUGGGAUUGAAGGCAUAUUGACCAGGUUGGAGAAAGAAAGGAAUUGGAGUCUAGGGAUUAACUUGAGUGGGAAAGCUGAAACCAACGGUGCCAUGAAUGAUGUUUUCUCAAAUGGUUCAGUUCCUCGGAGUUCAAUCAUUGUGACAGCUAGUGACAUCCAAGAAAUUGACGGUAUUACAAGUUCAGAUGAAUAUGCACAAAGUAGGUAUCAAGAAGCCAAGUCAGUUUCAGGAAUGACAGGCUUAGACGAUUCGUCGACACCAGAAACGUGGAGAACAUGGAGUAUGAGGAGAGCUGGAUUUAGUGAUGAAGAUUUUGAAGCUGCUGAAAUAUCUUCCAGUAGCUUGGUUGGUCUAAAGAAGGAUGCUUCUAAUAAGGAUUCUGGUGAUACCAUGAACGGAAAAGAUAAAACUGCAUCUUACUCUGAAAAUAUAAAUACAACUCAUAUCAAAAGCCGUCUUCAGAAUCUCCAGUCAGAACUUUCUUCUGUUCUUCAAUCCCUUAGGUCUCCUCCUCCUGAUGAAGUUGUGGCAAGUAAGGAUAGUGAGACAAAUUUUGGAAACUUGGAGAACCUCAGUGAUGAUUGGGAGUUUAAAGAGAAUGAAAUCAUUUACGCCCAGAACAAGCUACGGUCGACAAGGGCAAAGCUAGCUGUUCUUGAAGGAAAGAUGGCUAUGGCAAUAAUAGACGCACAGAGGAUUGUACGGGAGAAACAAAGAAAAAUAGAUCAUGCUAGAAGAGCUUUACGGUUACUCCGGACUGCAUCCAUAGUAUGGCCUAACUCAGCCUCAGAAGUUUUACUAACGGGUUCAUUUGACGGUUGGUCAACCCAGCAGAGGAAAAUGAAGAAAGCUCAGAACGGAGUCUUCUCUUUAUCACUGAAGCUAUAUCCUGGAAAAUACCAGAUAAAGUUUAUCGUUGAUGGCCAGUGGAAAGUAGACCCGCUUCGACCCAUUGUUACUUGUGAUGGAUAUGAAAACAAUCUGCUCAUCAUCUCGUGA